ACCGGAGUGUAGUAAAGACAUAACUACUACGGGAGCAAAAUCCGAAUCUCGGGUAACUGGAGUAGAGAACCAUUAUGUUCCAUUACGGAGAACUUUCCCCCUGUACCACCGCCAUCAACCUCCUCCCUUAACUUAAUAAUCAGUUCUGGGUGCACCUUACACCACUCACACUCACACCAGCAACCUUAAGUCCUGACUCCUCAUCCGAACUAGACACACUCCAUCGUCAACUACUUAAUAAUUAUUAUUAUUCCUCGCCCAGCUUUAACAAAUAUUAUUUCUACCAAGUCCAACAAUCCUUCAUCACAAGCAAUCGUCAUCAGCAGCUAACAAAAAGUGAAAAUCACAGCUCAGCAACAUUAAUAAUAUUCCAUCUCAUAGAAUCUCUAGUCAUUCGUCUCUGGGCUUGCACGCUAUUUUUGUGCUCCACGAGUGUCAUCGUGACACUGUCACUCAUAAUCUGUACUCACUUUAUCAAUAUUGUGUCUGUAUCAAUACCUCAACUUCUCCUCGUUCGCACUUAAACUCAUCGCCACUUUCACCUUCCUUUCAGGUAAAGGAGAAUCAUUCAUGGGUCUCUCAUCAUCUAAUAACUGGAAUAAAAGAGGAGCAUAGUGAUAUGCACACCUGGCUGGACUGCAGGCCUUCUCUUCCCCGUAUAAAAAUAUACGUGUCCAACUAACUACACUACUACCUCUUUCUCACUCUCUACGACUAAUCAGCAAGUGAGAGUGAAUUGAACUUAACAGAGGAGAGGUAGACGGCUUAUCGAGAACAAAUAUCAACAACCUUUACUAUUAUAAUACUCAAACUGCCCAUUAAACGACUUCUCCUCCACAGUUCACGGCUACAACUCGCUGGAGGAACAAAGACAUAGAACCCUCUCUAAAUGCGCCGAGAAUACCAAAGCUAAUGCGCCUAGUUAACUGACGUGUUAAAAAAAUAUAACCUUUGUGAAAAGGAUAUCCAGCAGUGGAUUUAUAGUAGUGUGAGGUUCGUGAGAAACUGAAACCACUCGCUCUUAAUAUUAUUCUCAUAAGUGACUGAAAGUGAAUUUUAUUUAUAUUUAAAGAGAUUAUACAAUCUUAAACUUGGAUUCAAACCACGAUUAUUACUGGUGGUCGAGUUGAGCACAGAUAAGAGGAUAAGCCAGCCACGCGUUCUCUCUCCGACAACUAAGGGCCAGUGAAAGAAAUAAGCAAGCUCCCAAUUUGACGCACAUAUUGAUUGUCGUUGAAUGAUGCCGUUUUUACACGACGGGAACGCUUCGGUUACGAUAACCCCCACCAACGGAGGGGGAGCGUCUGAUUUACUUCAAAAGUUUAUCAAGCAGGAAAACCUGUCAAAGUCAUUUUCUGGAAACACAUCAGCCAACCUUCAGAAAAUUGUCAGAAAUUCUGUUCCAUCAAUUGUAGAAUUUCAGCGUAAAGCGGCUCAUAAGAAAUUGCAAAUUGCGAAAAUGAUGGGAAAUGGAGGAAUGACUGCUUCUGUUCCGGACUUUCGGAAACAUCAAGGUCACCAGAACCAUCAAUCAAUGAUGUCAGAAUAUAACGACCCCAUGCAAGUUGCGUCAAGAAGAGCUCGGAGCAAUAAUUUUACACUAAACGAAACAUUCGCCCUGUUGAAAAUUUGGGCUUCACCAGAGAUGCAAUGGCAGAUGAAACAUAACUUUCGAAAUUUUCGAGUGUGGGAAGCCAUUUCUUUUGCUAUGCAAGAAUUAGGACAUGACAGAACUGCUAUACAGUGCAAAAACCGUAUUCAGAACUUGACAUCCAUUUAUUACCGGAUUAAGAAGACUAAACAAGAUUAUCGCAGUUUUAACUUUCCGUACUACAAAAUUAUUGGGGAUGUUCUUGAUGGAAAGAAAAACGGAAGUAACGCAACGAUGCCACCUAAUAUGGCAGAGUUUAUACAACAUUUUACGACCAACGCUAGUGGAGUUGUGAGCCCUACACAAGUCAACUCUGGCGUGGGACAUGGGUCAUCAGGAAUGGCUGCUCACAUGGCCCUAGUCGAAGAGUAUCAGCACCUAAUAAAUGGAAACCCUGAAGUGACGAUGACUUCUACAGGAGAACGUAGUAGCUCGUCGAAUGGGACAAAUGGGAUGAAUGUUCUUUCCCCCGAAGUAAGUAUAAGUGAAGGAGACUCCCCCAUUCGUAUGGAUUCCCAGCAAACAAUUCGUUCUAAUUCGCAAUCAGCUUCCACCUCAGCUCAGAAAAAUCAUACCGGUUCUAACUCAAAUAAUUCCCCAGUUAACCGCAAUUCUAAUGCAAAUGGGUCAUCAAGUUCAUCUGGAGUAAAACAUGAACAAGAAGACGGUGGUUUGGAGGACGGCUCAAUUCCUUCCGAAAAUGAAAAUCAUGAAGUCUCUGACUUUGAUGAUGGGACAAUGUACAAUGCUGAUGAAGAAACCAUGGCCAUGCUCGGUCGAGCUGAAAACUAUUCGGGUUGUGGAAGAGGAAAACGUUCCAUGUUAUAUCCUAAAGGAACAUACAAUAAUGGAAUUCCCACUAAGAGACCACGAGGAUUGUCAUCUGCAACGACAGCAUCUACCAGUGGAGUAGCCGAGGAUCCCAUCGGACAAUACUUAUCGGAAAUGGUAGAUAUUGAACGAGAAUGGCUUAAUAUGGAACGGGAACGAGCAGAGAAUGAACGUCAAAUGAUGUUAUACAUGAUGCAAAUCCUACAAGCUUUGAUUUGUCCAGACCAAGAGCAGGAGGAAGAAGGAAACGAAGACGGAACUAUGGAAGGAAACGACAAUGAAGCAGAAGCAACAGAAAACGAAUACACUGAAAACGAAAACGAAAACGAUGACAGUGAAAUACGCGAAAUGAUUGAACAACAAGAAAACUUGGAUACUGAGUAAUUAUUAUUAUGAUUAUUUUCAUUUUAGAAUUUUAUGUAUAUCUCGUUCAGAAUUCAUCAACAUUUUAUACUGUACAUAAAUACAUACCUAGCCAUCAUCGAUCGCGCGGUGGUAAUUUUAUAGUCUGAGAAGAAAUGUGUAGGUCUUUCAGUAAUGGAAAACACCCAUUCUUUAUGUUUCUACCUAUUGAAUUUAUAGAUAGCUAGGAAAUAUCAGUGUAUCGCCUAAAUGUAUUUAAAGCUACCGUAAUAAUAGUAGUACAUCUUAUGUAAUCAAUAAUAAUAACAUUAAUAAUAAUUGAUAGACAAAGAUUCCAAUUAGGGUCGAUUGUUUAUGCUCAGUUCUUCCAAAUAAGCAGUGAAAUUAUCAGAAAUGACAUCGGUGUAUUAAAAGAUUUGAUGAUUAACAAGUAUGUAUUUACGAUUGGGUGAGAUUCGCAGUUAGAUAAAAAAAAGUCUGAUGGUGCAAGUGAAAUAAUGCAUACACUUGCUUCCUUUCUACUGUUACCAGCAUCAGAUAUGUAAUUUAUGUAUUUUAUAUCUACUGCAAUCUUACCUGCUCAGUUUCCAAGAGUUUCCGACAGUUGUAAUUAGUGGCUCAAUUAUGUACCGUGAGCUAAAUUGUUGAUAUUAUGAUUUUUCUCUCUACUACUCAUUAUGAUUACCACAAUACCGCGAUACUUAUCGAAUAUAUCUGUCUACUUCAAAUGUUCAGUAUUUUAGUUUUGUAGAAUUUUAUUGUUACAAAUAUUCAAAAUGAUCUCAGAAACCGGAAAUGAUGAUAUGUUUCCUGAUUUUGUUAGAUAGUAUCAUUUGUUAUAUGUUAUAUGUCAUAUGUUAUUAUGGAUUUUGUUAUUGAUUUUUAUAAUUUUUUUUAUCUACACCAAAUUAGGUAAACUGUUUUGCACACAAAUACGGUGUUGUUAUUUGUAGGUUUGUUUUACUUUCAUGACAUUAAUUUUAUAUUACUCACUCAGCGGCAGUUACUUAAUUUUGUAAAAUGUUUCAGUAUUAUUUUUUUGGGACAGCUAAUGAUACGCGCAUACAUACUUAAAUGUGUAGGUUGGGUUGGGCAUCAUUCCAUUUCCAAUUGUUGCAGUGGUAGUUUUCCAUAUACAAAUAAAUGUCUGUAUGUAUAUUAUUUAUAUUAUGUAUGUAUGCAUGUAAAGACGUCCUUAUAUAUACUUUCAUUUGAGGAAACCGGAAUAUUAUUGUGUUAGUUUGUGAUAGUGAUAAUGGUCACAAGAAUCGUCCUACAUAUUUUCAUCUCAAAAAUAUAAUCCCGACUUUAUAAACGCUUGAAGAUCAUUUGAAUCUCAACCAGUAAAAAUUACACUUUGUCUCCUAUAUCUUAUACGCAAUGAGUUAUUAAUCUCCCGUUGAGUGCAUGUAACCUAUGACCUAACCUGUUAUAUAUACAUUCAAUGCAAUAAUCUGUGCCAACGAGUCUCGGCCGUCGACUACUUCUCACCAUCAUCUCUUUACAAAAAGUAACAUAACAAUGAGCGCAAAUGCUGAUUACAUAAAAUUACCUUUGAUUUCCAAUAUGUAUUAUUAAAUAAACGAAUUGCUGAUACAUACACCAUUCAA